GCACGGCGCGGGCGGCGGGCGGAGCGCGGGCAGCGGUGCCCUGAGGCUGUGGCGCUGUGGGGCGGCGGCGCCCCUCGACCUUCCGCGUCCCCGGGCUCCCCGGGCGGCGGUGAGGGCGGCGACGGCGGCGCAGACGGGCAGGCGAAGCUGAGCUGGCUGCUCCAGGAUGCACCACAGCUCUGAGAAGGGGAAGUAGAAGUCCUGCUGGCUCUGCUAUGGCGUGUGAACCGCAGAUGGACCCCGGCGGGGCGGCUGGCCCCUUGCCCACCUCCUCCCCUGGGUGGAGCGCCCUGCCUGGCGGGAGCCCUCCUGGCUGGGGGCAAGAGCUCCACAAUGGCCAGGUUCUCACAGUUCUCCGGAUUGACAAUACCUGUGCACCCAUCUCCUUCGAUCUGGGAGCCGCCGAAGAACAACUGCAGACCUGGGGCAUUCAGCAGGGUCCCGGCUGAGCAGUACAGGAGCUGGCUGAGAGUGCCCUCUUGGAGCCCCAAGUGAGAAGAUACAUCAUUCUACAACUCGAGGCCUAUGC